UUGCAGCUUUUCACAGAGGUGAAAGGGAAAUAUCCCAAUAAGCUGGUUCGAAGAGCUCAAUUCCGCGACCAACACUUCGACGCCAACUGCAACCUGCUCUACCAUGAGGUGGAUAAAGUAACCCAAAGAGACAAGGUGACGGUUCUGUCGAAUAUACGGAUAUCUAGAAAUUUGGAAUUGGAGUUGUUAGGAGAACAGGAUCUCGAUCGCGAUGGGAUAGCUCAGGUUCACUCAUUUCGUUCUCUUCUCGAGCAAAUGCUGGUGUUAGAACCGGCGAAAAGGAUAACGUGCGGAGAAGCUAUUAAGCAUCCAUUCUUUUCUAUGAAAUGA